AUGACGGCGGAGAAGUCCCGUCUGCUCAAGCCAGCGCCGACCACCGAGGCAAAGCAUGCCCGAGGCCCACACCACCAACGACACGCGCGCCGCCGCCAUGAGAUCGUACCACUAGACCAGGAAACGCUUGAUGUGGCAAGCAUGGCCCUUCAAAUCUCGUUGCGGCAAAUGGUGCGCCAGGUGAUGACCAUCACGGACGCAGCAUUCCAGGGUCACAUCGGGACCAAGCAGCUCGCUGGCGUCGCACUUGCUAGCAUGUGGAUGGGCGUCCCGUCGGCGUUCGUUCAGUUUGCCAUUCAAGCCAUUUCGACAUUGUGUUCCCAAGCGUUUGGCGCGGGCAACCACGAACUUGUCGGCAUCUGGCUCCAAACGGCGAUCGUGUUUUCCGUUCUCGGGUCGAUCCCCGUCAUGAUCUGGUACAUGUAUGUUGGCAACAUGAUCGGGCUCACCAUGGACGACGUGGAAACCGUUGCGUAUGGCCGCGAAUUUGCCCAUGUCAUGGCCCUGGGGCUCAUUCCGCAGUACGUGUAUUGCGCGUUGACGGCGUACUUUGCUGCCCAAGGGAUUGUCAUCCCUGCCACGAUAUGCAGUGUUGUUACGAUGGGCUUCAACGUUGUGUUCAACCAAGUUUUGAUUCACGGCGUCGGGGGGUGGAGCGGCCUCGGCUUCGUUGGGUCGCCGCUGGCCACGAUGGCGAGCACGGUGCUGCAACUUGUCCUGUUCGUCCUGUAUACGAUUGUGUGGAAGGAAUACCACAAGCCUUGUUGGGGCGGGUGGACGUGGGAAUGUGUCAAGAAGGAUCGGCUCGAUGUCUUUUUGGCUCUCGCGAUUCCAAUGGGGGCGUCAGCGGUCGUGGACUGGGCCUCCGCCACCGUGGCCGGGGCGUUCUCGGGAUACUUGGGCCCAAACAUUGCGGCGUGCCAGGCCGUUCUGAACGGUCUCUUUGGCGUCGUCAGUGCAUUUGUGAGCGGGUUCGCGACGGCCACCCAGAUCCGAAUGUCGCGGUACUUGGGUCAAGGCAGCGCCCGCAACUCCAAGCGGGUCUACCGGAUCGGAGCAGGUCUUGUGUUUGUUUCCGCCAUCGUGAUGCUGGCCGGCGUUGUGCUGUGGCAGCGAUCGCUCUUUUCGAUUUGGAGCAGCGACCCCGUUGUGUCGGCCAUGUGCAGUGACGCCAUCGUCGCGUUUACGCUGUGCAUCGUAAUUGCUUUUGGGCGAUUCUUGCUCACGGCAUGCAUGAACGCUGUGUCCAAGGCCGAUCUCAACUUGGUGGCCAACAACAUUGCGUCCUGGCUCGUAUUUGUCCCGCUCAGCUACGUGCUGCCCAUCCGCGCCAACUGGGGCCUCUCGGGCUUUUGGUGGGCGGACGCGCUCGGCGAACUCCUCAAAGCCGCCAUUCUACUCUAUGACAUGUCGAGUCUAGAUUGGCACGCCGCCGCCAACGAAGCCCAGAUCGCCGCGGAAACGUCCCUCGCGAAUGACUUUGGCGACGAGGACGAAGAUCGCGAGUUGAAUGCGGCCAAGAACGAAGCGCUACUCUUCACUCCCCGAACCUUCAAGAGCCCGUCCAUCAACAUGACGAUGACACCCCCCGUGACUCCCAACGACAUGCGACGAGCGAUCGGGCGCUCGCGGUCGGCGGCGAAUCCUGCCGUUUAA